GAAAUGGUCAAAACUCUCACGUAGGAUAAAGAAACCCACGUUAGCUAAGAUGGAUCCAUGCAUAUGAUAUGUUACGUACGUACAUAUAUACACACAUCAAUAAUAAUAUCAUAAUCCAGUUAUACAAUUUGACCCUUUGAUCUUCUAAGACUUGUGCUCCUCAUAAAUGCCAGCAAAUUCCACACUAUAAUGAUCAGUUUAUUUAGGCAUAUAAAUGAGCACCAAGAUUUGAAUAGAGUAAGAUUGAAAGUGACUGGAAAAUCGGUGUGUGUAUCUUUCUGUGCCGAAUUUGCAAAAUCAAAACUGUGGGGCACCAUCAAUCAACCAUUUCUUUGCAUGUGCAUUCUUUCAACCACUCCUCUUAAUUGUUUUCGUACACUGUUAUUUUCCAAUCUGAAUUCCCUAUAAAUACCCUUCCGUUCUUUGCAUUCAGGACAACGGGCUCCCAGAUUUUCUUUCUUUUUUGUUUCAAACUUCCACUAUGGCUAACCGGAAGGUUUUAAGCUUUCUUUUUCUUGUGGUUUUGGGUAUCAGCAUUGGUGUUGAAUGUAGGUCACUCCUCACGUUUGGAGGUGGCGAAGGGUUUGGACAUGGUGGUGGCGUUGGAGUCGGAAUAGGCGGCGGUGGUGGUUAUGGAAAGGGAGGUGGUAUUGGAGGUGGUUAUGGCGGAGGAGCCGGAGGCGGUGCCGGUGGUGGAUAUGGAGGUGGUGUUGGAGGAGGAGGAGGAAAAGGAGGUGGUAUUGGAGGUGGUGGUGGUUAUGGCGGAGGCGCUGGAGGUGGCGUAGGCAGCGGUGGUGGUUACGGCGGUGGAGCUGGAGGCGGUAAGGGAGGUGGCAUUGGAGGUGGUUACGGCGGAGGUGCAGGAGGCGGACAUGGAGGUGGUGUUGGAGGAGGAUAUGGCGGAGGUGCAGGUGGCGGUAAAGGAGGUGGUUACGGCGGAGGUGCUGGAGGCGGACAUGGAGGAGGAGUUGGAGGAGGAUAUGGCGGAGGUGCCGGUGGCGGUAAAGGAGGUGGUAUUGGAGGUGGAUACGGCGGGGGUGCUGGAGGCGGUAAGGGAGGUGGUGUUGGAGGUGGAUACGGUGGCGGUGCAGGAGGCGGUAAGGGAGGAGGAGUUGGAGGAGGUUAUGGUGGUGGUGCUGGAGGAGGAACGGGUGGAGGUGCAGGAGGUGGUUACGGCGGAGGUGCCGGAGGCGGUAAGGGAGGUGGUGUUGGAGGAGGAUAUGGUGGUGGUGCCGGAGGAGGAGCCGGUGGAGGUGCAGGAGGUGGUUAUGGCGGAGGUGCCGGAGGCGGUAAAGGAGGCGGUAUUGGAGGUGGUUACGGUGGGGGUGCAGGAGGAGGUAAGGGAGGUGGUAUUGGUGGAGGUGUAGGAGGUGGUGGCGGUUACGGUGGAGGUGCCGGAGGCGGACACGGAGGAGGUAUUGGAGGAGGUUAUGGUGGUGGUGCCGGAGGAGGAGCCGGUGGAGGUGUUGGAGGUGGAUAUGGCGGUGGUGCUGGUGGAGGAUAUGGAGGUGGAGCCGGUGGUGGUUCUGGCGUGGGAGGCGGAUACGGUGGUGGUGGUGGUUACGGAGGAGGCAGCGGCGGCGGCGGCGGUUAUUCCCCUUAAUCAAGGGACCAGUGAGCCCAUCCUAUUCAUUUGCUUCCUAAGCAUAUAUAUAUAUUAUUAUCAGUGCAUUCUACUAAGAAAGAAGUGUUGCUUCAGUAUUUCAUCAUCAUGUGAGUUUUUCAUUUUCGGUCGAUCGAUCAAUGUAUUUCAGCUCUCAAUAAUGCUACGGGGAGAGUUUUGUUGUGUAACUUUUGCUGGUCCGACUAUCUUUGUAACCCUCGUUUUCAAUAUAUGUAUGUAUUUGCUUUCUUCUUCUAAUUAAUGGAAGUUUGCUAUUUCCGUA